AGAGCGCAGCACUGAGUGAGAGCGGUGUGCCGUCCGUCCCCAGGUGGGCAGGAUGGGCCCCGCGGGCAAACAGAGCCCGUCCUCCCUGCCGGUCCCCACGGGACGGUCUUGCCUCCUGCUCCUCUUCUGCCUGCGCUUGGGUGCCUCUUGCCCGCAGAGCUGCCAGUGCCCUGACCACGCGGGGGGCGUGGCCGUCCUCUGCAGUGGGAGGGGCCUGCAGGAGGUCCCCAGGGACAUCCCCACUGACGCUGUGCUCCUGAAGCUUGACGCCAACAAGAUCACCCGCAUCCCCAACGGAGCCUUCCAGCACCUGAACCAGCUGAGAGAGCUGGACUUGUCUCAGAACGCCAUCGAGACCGUCGGCCCCGCCGCCUUCUCGGGCCUGGCCGGGGGCUUGCGGCUGCUGGACCUGUCUCACAAUCGCAUCCGCAGGAUUCCUCGGGACGCGCUGGGCAAGCUCAGCGCCAAGAUACGCCUGUCCCACAACCCCCUGCACUGCGAGUGCGCCCUGCAGGAGGCCCUGUGGGAGCUGAAGCUGGACCCUGACUCGGUGGACGAGAUCGCCUGCCACACCUCGGUGCGGGAGGAAUACGUGGGGAGGCCGCUGAUCCAGGCUCUCGACUCUGGCGUCAGCUUCUGCAGCGUCCGCCACAGGACCACCGAUGCGGCCAUGCUGGUCACCAUGUUCUGCUGGUUCGCCAUGGUGAUCGCCUACGUCGUGUACUACGUGCGCCAGAACCAGGAGGACGCCAGGAGGCACCUGGAGUACCUGAAGUCCCUGCCCAGCACUCCUGUGUGCAAGGACCCCACCAGCCCUGCGCCCUAGUGCCCGAUGGCUCGAGCAGGCCGAGGCCCACCUGUCUCCCGUCACUCUUUUAGCAGAUGGUGACUGAGUCCCGCCUCCGAUGUUCCCCCAGGGAGGGUGACACAGCUGCUUCUGUCCAGUGCUUCACUCUUGCAGAGCACUUUCCACAGGGCAUGGAGCUGCUGCAACACCUUCAGGUCAGGCUCUUCUACCAUCAGAUCCACUGGCAGAUGGGGACGUGGGCUCAGAGAGAUGGAAGGUCCCGGACCGGAAGUGAUCCAGCUGGGAGGUAAAACCAGGCCGUCCAUCCUGAUACGUCCCUUCCGCUCUGGGAGCCUGUCCCACGGGGCACCCGUAGGGUGGAGUAGCAUUCAGAGAAGAAAGGGUGCGUGCCCACGAGUGAGGCUCCCCGAGGGGGC